CGGAAGGGGAGCCUCGUUUCCAAUGUUGGUGUGUGAGGAAGUCGCCUGGAUACCGAACAAACAUGGCUGCGCCCAUAGACUUGCACCUGGAGUUCGGAGGUGGAGCUGAACUGCUGUUUGGAGGUGUUAAGGACUACCAUGUGAAGUUGCCAAGCCAGUCUGAGCCCUGGAACGUGAAGCAGCUACUGGCUUGGAUUAAAACUAACCUACUGAAAGAAAGACCAGAACUGUUUAUCCAGGGUGACACAGUGAGACCUGGCAUUCUCGUGCUGAUCAAUGAUGCAGACUGGGAGCUCAUGGGCGAACUGGACUACAUGCUUGAAGACCAGGACAACGUGGUUUUCAUCUCUACACUGCAUGGAGGCUAGGACAGCCAGACAGUGUGCACUAAGGACUGAGCUCACUAGUUACUUCAAGGCAUCUCUGCCCCUUUGUGUCAAAUUAAAGCAGGUGCUUUUCAAAGAAACACCUCGCUCUUCAUCCCCUCUCUUGUUCAUACACAAAUGAUUCAACCCAGUAAGCAGGGGGAUUACAGGUAGAGUUUGAGAGUACUGUAGGAUUAAAGGACAGCAACCCAUAUUGUGAUCUUUAAAUGUAAUAAUCCCCCCAUCCCCCACACACUCUGCUGUUGGAAGGAGGCAGUGAGAGUGGGAUUCUUGGAGGAUCACUGUGCUCUGCAGUGAAGGAAUUCAGACAGGUGACCUGAUAGUGACACUGAUCUGGUUGCUCUCUUUACUGCAACAUGUUGCCUUUUUUACUUUGUUUUUUAAGAUACUAUUUAGGAAGAUAUUGUAUAUAUCCCUGCACAUAAAAUAAACUUAUGAUGAUUUUAAAUGGAAAAAUGAAUUCAUUAAAGCUUGCUGUUAUUUGGAAUCUGGUAUCUGUUGUUCAUUAGGUCUGCAAGGUCUUAAGAUUCAUACGCCUCCUUCUAUUGCCAUGUCUGCCGGCCCUUCUUGCUUUGUUACAAACACAGAUUCCUGCUUAAUGGUGAGGAUUGGUUAAUUACCAUUCAUUUGUAUUUUUAAAGCCCUUUGCUUGGGCACUACUGACAGAUUCUAUGGGCUGAUCUAAAGAUAAUCAGUGGGCAGGUGCUUUGUUGAUAGGAACAGUCUCCAUUCUGCAUAACAGACUUGGUUUCCCUGUACCUCACAUUGACUGUGUUAUGGAAGGGGUUCCAUAGGGUUGUAAGGUGGUGGUGGCGUAUUUAUUUUGUAUUAUUUAUAAAAUGCUCAGCCGAUAGUAUAUUUAUUAGGGCUGUCAUUUGAUUACAAUUUUUGAUCGCUUAAUUUAAGGCCAAUAGUUGAUUAAUUGGUAGAUUAAUCCAUCCACAUUUUUAAUAAAAGUAAUGAUCUUAUAGCAGCUGUCUAAAUUAACAGAAUAAAAAAUA